AUGGCUGGCCGCAAAAGAACCAGGGCUUCUCGGUCGCAGCCCGCCACCCCCGGCCUGCCAAAUGUCUACCAAGAGAUGCUGCUUGAGGCAGGCGCUGGUACUGGUCCUUCCACUCCAGCUCCCUCCGAGCCGCCGUUGAAGAAGCUUAAGCGACCUGGAGAGAAGACUGCCCGAGUCGAUCCGCCCAAGGCCCCAGAGCCGGACGAAGACGAAGAUGAUGAAGAUAUUGAAUUUGAAGACGUCGCUCUCCCCCCACCUAUUUUCCAGACAAUGGAAAGAGAUUCAGACGAGGAAGAAUCCGAAGAUGACAUCGAAUUCGAGGAUGUCGAUUUGGGCGCCGUACACCCGGAUGUGGAGGUUACAGAGGAACCGAAGAAGCUUACACUCAAUCUAUCAGCCCAUACGCCGACAACACCUGCAGCCAAAAAGGGCGCCGAUAGAAGAAAGCCUAUCUCGAAAGAGGAGAGGGAACGCCGCAUAACAGUACACCGGACACAUCUGCUCUGCCUGAUGCUGCACUGUGCUUUGAGAAACCGAUGGUGCGACGAUGGAGAAGUACAGAAAUCAAUGCGUUCUCUUUUGACCAAGAAGAUCGUCAAUUAUCUGAACCCAUCAUCUGAUCUGCCACAAUUUGGCCAAACACAAUCUCUCAAAACUGGUCUUGAACAAGCUGGGUCCAUUUUCAAGGCCAAGUUUCAUAUCACAGAAAAGGGAUUGCGCCGGGCUCUUUGGGCUGAGGACCCCGAGCACAUCUCCAAGCAAUAUGGACUCAUGCUUGGAAAGAUCUGA